AUGGAUCCAGCUGUGCUCCUGGUGUUGGCUCUCUCCUGUUUGCUUCUCCUUACCUUCUGGAAACAGAGCUCAGGCAGAGGAAAGCUGCCUCCUGGACCCACUCCUUUCCCGAUCAUUGGAAACAUUCUCCAACUGGAUGUGAAGGACGUCAGCAAAUCCUUGACCAAUUUUUCUAAAGUCUAUGGCCCCGUGUUCACCCUGUAUUUUGGCACAAAGCCCACUGUGGUGCUACAUGGAUAUGAGGCAGUGAAGGAGGCCCUGAUUGAUCUUGGAGAAGACUUUGCUGGAAGAGGCAGGUUUCCUAUACUGGAAAAAGUUAAUAACGGACUUGGAAUAAUUUUCAACAAUACAAAGUCAUGGAAGGAGAUGCGGCGCUUCUCACUCAUGACCCUGCGGAAUUUUGGGAUGGGGAAGAGGAGCAUUGAGGACCGAGUUCAAGAGGAGGCCCGCUGCCUUGUGGAGGAGCUGAGGAAAACCAAUGCUUCACCCUGUGAUCCCACCUUUAUCCUGAGUCUUGCUCCCUGCAAUGUGAUUUGCUCCAUUAUUUUUCAUAAUCGUUUUGAUUAUAAAGAUAAGGAUUUUCUUGAAUUGAUGACAAAAUUGAAUGAAGAUAUUACAAAUCUGAACUCUCCGUGGUUGCAGCUCUGCAACAUUUUCCCAUUUCUCAUUAAGUGUUUCCCUGGAAUUUAUAGUGAUUUGCUAAAAAAUUCUGAUUACACAAGAAAAUUUAUUAUGGAGAAAGUGAGAGAACAUGAAAAAUCAUUGGAUGUGGACAAUCCUCGGGACUUUAUUGAUUGUUUCUUAAUCAAAAUGGAGCAGGAAAAGAACAAUCCACAGUCGUGGUUCAAUUAUGAGAGCUUGGAAAUCACUGUGGCUGAAUUGUUUUCAGCUGGCACAGAGACAACCAGCACAACACUGAGGUACUGUCUCCUGCUCCUGCUGAAGCACCCGGAGGUCAUGGCUAAAGUGCAGGAGGAGAUUGAGCGUGUGAUUGGCAGAGACCGGAGCCCCUGCAUGCAGGACAGGAGCCGCAUGCCCUACACGGACGCUGUCAUCCACGAGGUCCAGAGAUUCAUUGACCUCAUACCCACCAACCUGCCUCAUGCAGUGACACGGGAUGUUUACUUCAGAAACUACCUCAUUCCCAAGGGCACCACUAUCAUCCCAUCACUGACAUCUGUGCUUCAUGAUGAAAAAGAAUUUUCCAACCCUAAAGUAUUUGACCCUGGACAUUUUCUGGAUGAAAGUGGCAACUUUAAGAAGAGUGACUACUUCAUGCCCUUCUCAGCAGGAAAACGGGUUUGUGUGGGAGAGGCCCUGGCCCGCAUGGAGCUGUUUUUGUUCCUGACCACCAUCUUACAGAAUUUCAAUCUGAAAUCUGUCGUUGAACCAAAGGACCUUGACAUCACUGCAGUCGCCAGUGGAUUAAUUGCUGUUCCACCUCCAUACCAGCUCUGCUUCAUUCCUGUUUAGAUGGAGCACCCUGGCUGCUGGUGCACUGGCAUCUACAGUUCCCUUUUCUAUCAUUAAUUUCAUUUAUAACUCUUUCACAUCUCAGCAUUCUCUGAGAUCCAGUGAACACACAAGCUCCGUUAAUGGAAUGCCAUAAGGUAAUUUCACAACAAUUUCUUCUAUUCUGUGUAUUCUCAAUCACUGACACUACUGCUUACAUUUAGUAAAUACUGUGAAAUUGACCAAUACUUAUCACCCUAAUAGAGGAAAAAAUGUACCUUUCAACAUAUUAUUUUCUCUGCUUGUUCUUACUUAAAAAUUAAAAAAAAUAAAAUAAACAUUGUUGUAUGGUCAGUUCUCCAAGAAUGUAAGAGUCUCAAGAGGCCCUUGUGUUCUCAUAGUUACAAGCAGAGUCAUUAAAUGAAAAAGGAUAGAAAACUUUGAGAG